AUGGAGUUGAUCUUCCACUUUCAGCGCGCACUGACGCUAGCGCUUGUCCUUCUCCUCAGUGGGGUUCAGUGUCUACCACAACAGACAGGUGGAGAGUCUCCAGCCGACAGAGCGAACAAGAUACCUCAAGGUAUUAUGCCCGCAAAAGAUGGUUCGAUUAUUCUUGAUACCACAGAAACAAUCAACAACUUGAAAAUUCGCUUCCGCAUCAGUGGUCCAGCAGGUGAAUUUACAACAGCAAGCAAGGUACCCGGGGGCGGCAAGACAACAGGCGCGAAGGGCAACCUCGGGCUUCACGUCCUGCUACACGGUGACAGCGGCUCAUCUUUCUUCGAAAUGCCAAAUCAAGGCGUCAAAAACAAUUUGGCAGGUGUCACAGUACUUUCUCCGGACAGAAACCUCCACUGGGGAGGGGGUUCUGGGUUCAAUCGCACAGACGGCGUGGCGCACGCUCAAGCAAUCAACGAUCUCGUCUUCCAGACCCUGCCAAAGUACAUGGCCUUCAAUUCCUCUAAUGUCUUCUUCUCUGGGAUUUCAGGCGGAUCCCUUCUGCUUUCUGGAUACUUCAUGCCGGCGCAUAUGGGUAACUUCGCCGGGAAAAGGGUGAUGCUUAUGUUAAUAGGUGUGUGA